GAAGCCUGCACACCACAAACUAAGAACGUUAUAAUAUCUUAUAUUAAUUAUUAUUAUUCUUCUAUCUUAGUGCGUGCUGCACAGUGCACACUACUCCAACAGGCAGUCGAAUUAGGCGGCGAACGAUAUCUUAUUUAUUGUAUUGUAUUAUUUAGGAGUUUUGUCGAGCUGAUAACGUUAAUUGGUAACAAAAAUUAUGAGUUAACGACCACUUAGUUUGAAUUGAUUGGAAGCUUUUGAUUUUGCUAUAAUAUUAGACAACUGUCAUUUACCAUGAAUUCGCCGGAAAAUGACGAUUAUUGGAAUGAAAAACUAUCGGAAGGAUUCAGUUUUGAAGAUGAAGUUAAAGAAUCAAAUUAUAAGAAAAUAAAUCCUGAAUGUGAAGGUUUUCAAAUUGGUUUAUCAAAAACUAAAUUAGAAAAUGUGAUUUCAUUGAAUAAUAUUUUACCAAAAGAAGUACUAGAUAAAAUCUUUGAGUCGAAAAAAACGCAACAUAUGGCAAGGAAACCAAAAACAUCUCAGGAAAAAGAAUUAGACAUCAAAUCUACAAUAGAAAAAAUUCUAAUGUCUUAUUUUUACUCAUUAGAACCAUAUCAUAGCCUAGAAGAUAAAAAAAUGUUAUUGAAAGAGUCUUUAGAUACUGAAGAUGGUAACACUAUAUUAACUGUUGUUAUAUUUUUAUCGAAUACUCUUAAAAAAAGUAUUUUCCAACGUAUUUUACGAGAAAAUCCUGUUGCUGCCACUCAUUAUGUUCAUUAUUUAUACUCUAGACAAUCUAUAGAAGAAUUAGUUGACACAUUAGAAAUGUUGGGAAGAACAAAAGAUGCCAUGAUGAUGCAAUUUAAUUUUGCUUGUCGAAACCCACAAAAUUGCCUUCAGCGAUUUAAUGUCUGUUUCAAUUUAGCAGAUGAUCCAUAUGAUAAACAAACAAUAUCACAAUAUAUUAAAUUAAUUGAGAAAAGUGACCCAAAGAAUGCUCAUUUGACAUCGGUUGUUAGUUUAGUAGCUCAGAAUUGUAAAGAGAAACAAGACAUUAAUUCGUGUCGUUUAUUGGCCAGUGAAUUUAAUCUUAGUGCAAAACAGUUGGAAGCUUCUUUACUGAUUACUUUUUGUCAACUCCAAAAUUGGAUUCAAAUAGAUGAUAUUUUUAUAAACAAAAACUGGCUAGGAAAAAAUAACUUAGCAAUAUCAUUACCUAUUGGGAAAACUGUUAAAUUAUUGCAUAAUAAUGGGGCACCGUCUUCAUCAUUAACCCGAUAUUUAAAGAUGAUUAAAGACUCGGAAGAACGGUUAGAGUUAGCCAAAAAGUUCCACUGUCAUCAUAUAAUAAUUGAUGAUUUUGCUUCUAAAAAAGAUCGUAGAGGUUUAUUAGUGUAUAGAACUAUUUUGCAGAAACAGACUGAAAGUUAUUUUUAUGCUGAUACGAUUUUAAAAAGUCCCAUUAUCAAGUGGAAAAAUUGAUGUUAUGUCAAUAAAGAAAUUAGUGAAAACGUUAGAAGAAAUUAAGACUGAAUACAUUCGGUCGAACAAUCGCAAUCCAUUAUUAAUCUAGUUCUUCAAGAAACAUUCGAGCGUGAAAGAUGUCAGACGAAUUUGAUUACCUUUGGGGUCCCUGAGUCUUCUUCU